AUCUGCACCUGUGAUUCUGGAUAUACUGGAGAUGGAUUUAACUGCACAGAUAUCAACGAAUGCGUAACAUCUUCCCCAUGUCAUUCCAAUGCUACGUGCAAUAACACAGGUGGUUCCUACAUCUGCACAUGUGAUUCUGGAUAUCGUGGAGAUGGAUUUAACUGCAAUGAUAUAAAUGAAUGCCAAACAGAUUUCCCAUGUCAUUCCAAUGCGACUUGCAAUAACACAGAUGGUUCUUACAUUUGCACAUGUGAUUCUGGUUAUAGUGGCGAUGGGUUUAAUUGUACUGAUAUAAAUGAAUGCCAAACAUAUCACCUUUGUCAUUACAAUGCUACGUGCAAUAACACAGAUGGCUCUUACAUUUGCACAUGUGAUUCUGGUUAUGGUGGCGAUGGAUUUAAUUGUACUGGACUGACUAGGACAAGCGAGAAGGUAGCGUCUGUAGCGACGACAAAUAGCCCCGCCAUCUAUUACGGUCCUCAUUCAACAAAUAUCAAUGAGUGCCAAAUUGAUACCUGUGGCACCAACUCAAACUGCACAAAUAGUGAUGGUUCGUUUACAUGCACUUGUCAUGUGGGCUUCGAAAGCAAUGGUAUUUUCUGUACAGAUAUCAACGAAUGUGAACGGGAUGCUCCGUGUCAUGCAAAUGCAACUUGCAUAAACGUGGAAGGAUCAUACUACUGCACUUGCAAAACAAACUACAGCGGAGAUGGCUUCUUUUGUGAAGCUCUGGUUUGCACAGUGGAUGCCCUAUACUAUGCAACAACCAGUGCUAUCAAAGGCGUGUUCUCCGACGGUAGCACGACUGUGACCAUAUUAUCAGCAACCAACGUGAAACUAAAUUAUGAUUCUGGCACCAAAAGGCUCAUCUACUACGAUGGUAGCAAACUCAUCACAGUUAAACUGGAUGGGAGUGAUCCGAUCACAAUCAGAGGAUCUCUGACGACUCUUGACCGGUUUACUGUGGAUCAUAUAAAGAGAAAGGUUUACUUCAUUACUAAUCUUUUCAGGAAAGUGAGAAUCGUUGACUUGGAUACUGGAAAUUUAACUGAUCUAAAUCCAACCGACAUUGUCAAUGCCGAUGAUUUGGACAGUGAUCCAAUUAACAGCUCCCUUGUAUUUGCUGGCGCCACCAGUCGGGAUAUUGUUCGCUAUUUCCUUGAAAACGAUGCACAGAAAGUCAUUUACCACAACAAUACAUCGCCCAAAUAUCUGACUGUUGAUUCUCAGAAUGAUGUUAUAUAUUGGAUCAAUUAUAUUAGCGUUAGUGAUAGCUAUUCUCUCAUGAAAACAUACUUUAAUGGCUCAACUUCAGAAGUCAAGUUCUACCCUGGUACAACAAGUUCAGUAAACGUUGCUAAAGGGAAAGAUAAUUUCUAUGUAAUGGAUAGCACAAGGAAACGUAUAGAUGUGUUUGACAGACGCACUGCUAUUUUUCAAGAUUCAUUUUUCCUCAGUGAUUCACCGCAAGAGCUAACUGUCGUUGAAGAUCUAACAGUAUUUGCUCGUCGGCAAGUAUUUAAUGUGACUUAA